CAGAGGGACAGCGAGCCGGGGCCGGGCACUCCCCCAUGUUCCGUUAGGUCUGCGGUCACAUCGCACUUGCAGCUUCACCUUGGGCGGUCUCCAGCCAUGAAGCUCCUUUUGCUGACUUUGGCUGCACUGCUGCUCUUGUCUCAGCUCACUCCAGGUGGCACCCAAAGAUGCUGGAAUCUUCGUGGCAAAUGCCGCCAUAAAUGCUCCAAGAAGGAAAGGGUCUAUGUUUACUGCACAAAUACCAAAAUGUGCUGUGUGAAGCCCAGGUACCAGCCAAAAGAAAGGCCAUGGUCAUUUUAAGUGUUUGAAGCCUAAAGCCAUGCAAAUGUAGAUGAAGCUCCCCGGAGUCUGACCCCAGCAGGUUCCUGAGC